ACGGUAGCCGUUGGAGAAUCAGACCACCACUUUCUUCCUCAUUUCAAAAUCACGAUUCGAUCUUUCCCUAGAACCCUAAAAAAAACAACCUUUUAUUUCGCUGAAAGAGGAAGACGAAAGAAAGCUUUCUUUUUCCUUGCUCUCAUUUCAAUUACCGAACCCUACUUCUCUGGUUGUGAAUUUAAGGCAGAUAUAUCCUUAAUUGAAUUGGGCUUCAUCAGGCUAUACAUAAAUUACAGAGGUUUGAAAGAGAAAAAAAAGUGAUGUCAGUCACCCCUGAUCAGUCUAAGAAAGUUGGGGUGGGGGUGUCACCGUCCCCAUCUCCUUUCCUUACACCUCGUCCCGAAAGGCGGCGCAGAACACUUGAGUGGAAUCCAAAUCGUCAGGACAAGGAUAAAGAGGUUAAUGUGCAAGUUCUGCUUAGAUGCAGGCCUCUAAGUGAUGAUGAGCAAAGGUUGAACGUCCAGAAGGUGAUAUCCUGUAAUGAACACAAAAGAGAAGUCACUGUUUUGCAAAGUCUAAAUAACAAGCAAGUCGAUAGAGUUUUCACUUUUGACAGGGUUUUUGGGCCAAAAUCACAGCAAAAAUCAAUAUAUGACCAAGCAAUUUCCCCAAUAGUUAAUGAAGUUCUCGACGGAUUCAACUGCACUGUAUUUGCAUAUGGGCAGACAGGCACUGGUAAAACUUAUACAAUGGAAGGUGGGAUGAGAAAUAAGAGUGGCAAUUUGCCUGCUGAGGCUGGUGUUAUUCCACGGGCUGUUCGACACAUUUUUGAGACACUUGAAGCACAAAAUGCUGACUACAGUGUGAAAGUAACGUUCUUAGAAAUAUAUAAUGAAGAAAUAACUGAUUUACUAGCGCCUGAUGAUAAUCCAAGAACUGCAGAAGACAGGCAAAGGAAAUCUAUUUCCCUGAUGGAGGAUGGAAAGGGUUGUGUGAUAGUAAGAGGCCUUGAAGAAGAAGCUGUGUAUAAUGUAAAUGAAAUUUAUACUGUCUUGGAAAGAGGGUCUGCCAAAAGGCGUACAGCAGACACUCUGUUGAACAAGCGCAGCAGUCGCUCUCAUUCUGUCUUUUCCAUUACUGUCCAUAUAAAAGAAGCAACAGUUGGUGAUGAGGAGCUAAUAAAAUGUGGCAAAAUUAAUCUUGUCGAUCUGGCAGGAUCAGAAAACAUAUCUCGUUCAGGUGCACGAGAGGGACGUGCAAGAGAAGCGGGGGAGAUAAAUAAGAGCUUGCUCACACUGGGCCGUGUCAUAAAUGCACUAGUGGAACAUUCCACUCACAUACCUUACAGGGACAGUAAGCUUACAAGACUUUUAAGAGAUUCUUUGGGAGGCAAAACAAAAACCUGCAUCAUUGCCACAAUUUCUCCAACUGCUCAGUGCAUGGAAGAAACCCUAAGCACACUGGAUUAUGCCUGUCGUGCCAAGAACAUUAAAAACAAACCUGAGGCAAACCAGAAAAUGUCAAAGGCUGUGCUGCUCAGGGAUUUGUAUUCAGAGAUUGAGAGAAUGAAAGAAGAGGUUCGGGCAGCACGGGAAAAGAAUGGUGUUUAUAUUCCGCGUGAAAGAUUUGUCCAGGAGGAAGCUGAAAAAAAGGCCAGGAUUGAGAAAAUAGAGCAAUUGGAAAAUGAUCUCAACCUCACAGAAAAGCAAGCGGAGAGUUUUCGUGAGCUCUAUCUCAGCGAACAAGAACAGAAACUGGAUUUACAAAGUGAGCUGAAGGCAUGCAAGAUAAGUCUGGAAACUAGUAACAAGGCACUGCUUGAUCUUCAAGAGAAAUACCAGGUAGCAAUCACAACCUUGAAAGAGAAGGAGCUUAUUAUCUCCAAAAUGCUAUUCUCAGAAAAUCUUUUAAUUGGACGUGCAAAGGAGUUACGAACUGAUUUGCAGAAUGCAUCAGAGGAAAUGAAUUCCCUAUAUGAAAAAUUAGGUAAGGCAGCACAGGUACUGGAUUCAAAGAUUAAGAAGAUAACAGAGACAUACAGUUCUGGAGUAUCAGCCUUGAAGGAGCUAGCCAACAUGCUGAAAACGAAAGCAUCAUCUGACCUGGAGCAGAUAAAUGCUAAGGUGUUAUCACAGACAGUGGCCGUUGAGAAGUUUCUUGUAACUGCAGUUAUGGAAGCCAAUGAGGUCAUCCAAGAUAUCCAGUACUCUCUUGAUGAGCAGAAACAGCUGUUGGCUUUCUCCACUCGACAACAAGAGGAGGUGUUGCAACGAAGUUUGAUUUCCACACAAGUAAUUUCAAAGGCCACUGGGAACUUUUUUGAUGACCUUCAUGACCGUGCUUGUCAAGUCAUGAGAAGUCUUGAAGAAAGCCAAAUCCAACGAGUCCACCAAUUAGUGAAUUUUGAGAAGAUGUUUAAGGAAGAAGCUGCUAAAGAGGAAAAACAGGCUAUGGAAAAAAUUGCAGUAAUAUUAGCAACUUUGACAUCUAAGAAAGCUUCAAUUGUGUCAAAGGCAUCAACCAACAUCCAGGACACAAGUAAACAAGAUAAUACCAGGUUGCAAAAGGAGAUGUUUGUCAUCCAACAAGUGGCAACGGAUGCUGGGAAGGAGUUGAGCGAAUAUUUUGGAAAGGUGGAAAGUAACUUCAUGACAGACACAUUCUCAGCAGCUGAGUCUCAUGCAAUCAUGGAAAACUGCCUCCAAGAGUGCUCAGAGAGAGUGGGCAAUUCUAGGAAACAGUGGGAAAAGGCCCAGUUAGCCAUAAACACUCUUAAUCAGAACAGUGUUGCAAAGAUUGAAGCUACUGUGAAGGAAAAUAUAUCUGCAAACCAUUCUGCACAUGAAGAGUUUGUUUCCACAUCUUCCCACGUGGAUGCAGAUUUCAAUGCCAUAGCCUCUGACACGUUGUCAUGCGUUAAUGCUUCACUAAUGCUGGACCACGAAAAGACAAAGGAAAUAGACUCCAUGGCAACCUUGUGCUUGGAUCAACUCAAAUCAGUGCAAGAUAAGCAUGGUGAAGGUGUAUCAACUAUACGAAAUGAAGCAGAAAAGCGCCUUGUAAAAGAUUAUCUGGUUGAUAAGCAUAGUGGUGGAACUAAAAAACGAGUUAUAGCUGUCCCCACCGUGGAAUCUAUUGAGGAGAUGAGAAGCUCCAUUGAAGUCACAGAAGACUGUAUUUCUGACAACAAAUCGAAACGGAGCCAAAUGGAAAGCAAGACCCCAGGUCCUAGAACUCCUUUUGCAGAUGUCAACUGAUGUUGGAUGAUGCUCCAUUUCGAAAUUUCAAGGCAUGCUCAUCAACU